UUGGAGAAUGGGCAGGGAGCCUGUGCCGGGCCUUGUGCCCACUACUGCAGUCGCCUUGUUCACUCUUGUUUUUAACCGUCUAAAGGUGUGUGUGUGGGUGUGACUGAGUGUAGUGUACACUGCUUGAUGCCCCCGCACCCAGGCCACAAUGGUUAGGAGUUCCCCCCACGUGCAGACAUGGAUCACACAGUCUUGAAGCCCAGGGGGCCAUUGUGGGCAUCACCUGGAUCAGGGAAGCUUCUGGCCAUUGAGUUUUGCUGGAGAGAAGCUGCCUUGUUGCAGGAAACAGGAGGAAAAGGCAGAGAUUCAGGGGAUCCCUGGACCUGCACUCGACACCCGACAUUCCCCCUCCUGCCUGGGGAAACCCGGUUCCUACCAUCCACCGCUGAGUCCUCGAUGAUCCACCGACAUCUGUGGACCCACAAUCGAGGUCCUUGGGGAGACCAACCACCUGCACAACCCCUGACCCAACCGCCCAGCUUCCAGCUCCCGUGGAUCCACCAGCAGUGGUGGGAGAACACACACCGGUCCUCGGAAGACAGCCUGUGUGCACCACGGCAAUCAAUACUGUGCACUCUCAAGACGCCAACACAUCGGCAGCUGCAGACCAACAAUCGGCAAGGCUUGGACCACACGCUCCCUGUGGAACCAGUGUACCAACCACACAACUUCAAGCCGCCACCGAUCAUCCUGAAGACAUGGACUGAUGAUCAGUGUCCUUUGGGUGACUUUCACUGUGCUCAGGUUUUCUCGCAAUUGAACACAUUUGAUCCACCACCAAUCCACCGGCAGCCUCGCACCCGCACACGUCAACGCUUGGACGCCCUCCCACCUGAAGAACCUCUGGUCCAAGCCUCCAUCCCCACCAUGUCUGAGGACCUCUUGUCCAAACCGGCCAUCAUCAAGACCCCGCAGGUCAAGUGGCAGCUGCCGACCUGCAUUUCACACCCAGUGGGCAAUCUCCUGCCUCUGGACCCCUUGACCCAGGUUUCUGCCUUCCAGCCCCUGAUAAUCCACCAUCCGGCACGGAUCUCCACUCAAUGCCCCUUUUACCACUUCCUGUGGUCAGAACCCCUGUCCCAACCGUCCGUCACUGAGCUCCAACAGAUCCACCAGCAGCCGUUGUUCCACACCCAAUUCCCCUUGGACCCCCUCCUCCUUCCAGAACCCCUGUCCCAAGAGUCCUUUGUACCUGCAGAGAUCCACUGGCAGCCAGAGACCUGUGAUCGAUGCCCCAUGGAACUCCUCCCACCUCUGGAACCCUCAUCACAAUCCUCCAUCCUCCUGCCACUGCUGUUCCAAUGGAAAAUGGAUACCCAGAUUUCUGGGGACACCUGUCUGCUGAAGAACCCAGGAGAAGGUGACCUAGUUAAUAUUGAUGGUUUAGGGACCAGGUUUGAGGCACUGGCAGUAGCCAGAAGUGUUCACAGUGCAGUUCUGCCUCUGAGUCACCCUGCACAGGGGAUGGCAUUCCCAUGGCCAGAAGACCUUGGCCUGGGGACUGAGUCCAAGCUGCUGUCCUUGCGCUGGACCUUCUGCGGAGCCAUUUUGUUCAUCGGCGUUCUCUUGUCUAAAGCAUGGAAAGGAUGGCGAGGUCAUGAACAUCAGAUGGACCUGGAGUUGCGAGAGAUCUGCAAAACCAGAAAGCUUGUAGGAAAGUCAUUGUUGGACUGUGAGGAAGCACUUGAUCACCUGGAGUUGAACGCUAGAGUAACCAUCAGUGUUAUUGCCAAUCUGUUGGAGGAAGUCUCUGAGUUAAAUGAUGCACUCAGAGUGUGUGAGCUGGAACACUUAAGGAUUUAAAGAUCUCCCUCACUCAGCACGACCAUCGUCAAGCCCUGGGAUUCCUCUGGAACUUGUUCCCAAUUCUUAUCACCAGCUAAUGGGCUGAGGGGAACUGGAUCUCGAGGAUGUUCUUUAAAUCCUGUCCUUCCUGGGUCACCAAGCUGAGAAGGGAAAUUGGCAGCAACCAUUUGUUUUCUUGCUCACGCACUCUGCAUCUUUUAGCUCAGAGACCUCCUUCCAAAGAUUGCCAGUAACACUCAUGGUUCCUUUAGAAUUUGUCUUUUUGUUUUCAAGUGCUUCCUCACAUUUAAAAAUGACUGACCUACAAGCUUUCUGGUUUGGGAGAACUCUUGCAUCUCCAUGUCCAUCUGCUUUUCAUGAACGCACAAUCCUUGACACUCUAAAGAAGACAACUGGGUCAGAGUAUGGACUCUGCUCUGAAAGUUGUGGGUAUUCUUGGGGCCUCAAAACUGAGCGAUAGACCAUCAGUGCCCCUUGUCCAAUGUCAGCACCCUCAACCUUCAUGGCCAAAUCCAAAUCUGGCCCUUCCAUUGGAAGUUACAUUCCAGCCUGAGCUAGAAGUUUGGAUUUAUCCUUUGUGGGCAGAAGAGAAAAGACCCAUGGGGGAGGAUUAAAUUGUGUUAUAACCAUCUCUAUGUUGUGACCACCAUGAGAAGGAUCAUGAAGCCCGUGGACUCUAAACAAGGCCACCAGGAUCCAAAACCCAAGUCCACCCGUCUGAUCUCUGUGCCCGUGGGCAACUGACUC